AAUAACCAGGAUGCAAGCAAAAUGAACCGAACACUCUGAAAACGACUAUAGUAAAAUGAUGCAUGUCAUAGCAUACAUUUGAUUAAAUUAUUUGCCAACUAUUUAGGCAAGGCUAAGUACUUAAAAAGGAAGUUUAUCCCAUAACCAUAAAAAAGCCCCCUAAUACUAUUUCACUUUCUUCUUUGUUCUUAGCCUAAUAAAUAGCCUCUAGAAACACACCAAAAAACCAAAUCCACCCCCACCCCCAACACACAUCAAAUUCUUCCAACAAGCAUCUCAUCUCAUGUUUAUACUUAUUCCAAUAUUCAAAUCCUAAAAUGGGUCCAUCUCAAAUUCCCAAAAAAACAUUCUCCAUCCUUUUCCUAUUUCUCUCUUCAUUUUUAUUUCCCAUUAAUCUUGUAUCUUCAUCAUCUGAACAACUUACAAACUUUGUAUACAAAGGCUGUGCUAACCAAAAAUUCCCAUCUGGGUUUUACUCACAAACACUAAACACCCUUUUUAACAACUUGGUCUCACAAUCUUUAACCACAAAAUUCUACAAAACCACAGCUGGUAGUGGCAGUUCAGCAAUUUCUGGUCUUUUUCAAUGCAGAGGUGAUCUUUCAAACUCUGACUGUAACAAUUGUGUCAAGAAAAUACCAAACAUGUCCCAAAAACUAUGUGGAGAAUCUAUAGCAGCAAGAAUUCAGCUCAAUGGGUGUUAUUUAAGGUACGAGGUUGCUGGGUUUCAGACAGUGGGACCCACUGAGUUGCUGUUUAAAGUUUGCGGUUCAACUCAGGCGAGUGGAACUGGGUUUAGUGAUAAGCUUGAGACUGCGUUAGGAGAAAUAAGUAAAGGGGUUUCGAGUGGGAAUGGGUUUUAUGCAGGUGGGUAUCAGUCGGUUUAUGUGUUGGGUCAGUGUGAAGGUGAUUUAGAGAGUGGGGACUGUGUGAACUGUGUGAAAAAUGCUGUUGGGAAAGCUAAAAGUGAAUGUGGGAAUUCUAUUUCUGCUCAUAUGUAUCUGCAACAGUGCUAUAUUAGUUACACUUAUUAUCCUAAUGGUGUGCCCGGUAAAUCACUUUCUCCAUCAGGAACAAGGCAGAGUACUCAAAAGACAGUGGCUAUAGUCUUGGGUGGAAUGGUUGGUGUGGGUUUAGGAGUUGCUUGUUUGCUAGUUACAAGAUCAGCUUUCAAGAAAAAAAGUAAAUCAAAGUAUGGUGGAGGAUGAGGUUAGUAUUACACAACUUUUGACUAUUUUCAAUUGUUCUUUGAGUUCCUAAGAAUAGUUCCAAUGUUCAUAUUGGAACUCUUAAAAGAGAAAAUUGGUGUAGUUCUUAACAAUAGAAAGAUUUAUUUAUUUGUUUGUUGAUAUCGGUGGUGUUCGGACUAGCCUAUGCGCAUGUUGAUUAUUCUACUGAAUACUUGCUAUCAGUGUCGAUCAAGGCUUAAGCAGAUGGAGAAAAAUCAUCUAGCAUUUUUUGCCUCUCGUAGAAUUUGAACUCUAGUUUCCCUGACUUUUCAUCCCCACUUCUUUGAUUGUUAGGCCACAUUCUUGGAUACACAAUAAUUGAAAGAUUUAUGCUUAAUAUUCAGGGCAAAAU